AAACAAUGAGGAAACAUAACACUAAGCACAAGGGGGAGUGAAUUCAGGGAGCAACACAGGAUUAGUUUCACUUUCUGAUUCCCAGAAAUUAAAGCACCAAUGACAACGCUCCUCAAACAGAACAGCGGAUGAAAGCUAACACCUCAUUGGAGGAGCAGUCCAUCAGGAAGACGAGACUACUGAACAAACCCGGGCUUGUCACAUUACUGUGGGCAUGCCAUGUCAAGCCGUGAGCACUUAAGAAGAACUAAAAGCUUAAGUUUACCUAAAAGAAUGACAACAAACUCAACAUCACGAAGGUAGAUCAAUAUCCUACCAAAAGUAUGUGUAUACCUCCAGGGUGAAGUAUGGCAUCUGUGUACACUAUCACUACUGGUGAAACACUGAACACCCACAAAAGCUUCAAGUCACGUCUCCCUUGGGGUUCGUGCAAAAAUGUGUCUAACAUCACAGACUGCGACGUCAUCCUCGCUUUCUGUCCAGUCACGUCUCGAGUCGGAACGGACAUUGAGGCAGCGUUGCGGGCCAUUCCAGAGGGUAAACCUUUAGCGUUGGUAGUGCUUCACCACACAUUUGACAGUAACUACACUUUGCCUGACACAAAGAGGUUCAUGAAGCGGCCUGGCUGCAUCACUGUGAACUGCCUGUUCAGUGAUGACGGACUGAUGAGAUGCCCUUGUAAUGAUGAUGCAGUGCGAGCUGUCGCCAAAUUCCUGCAGCAACAUGGGAAACGCAGUCCGAGAGGCAAGCUGGGCCUGGGUCUGCUCAUGCUCAUCUUGUUGUGUGUGGCAAUUUCCAAUUUCAGAGAGCACUCAGUUAACUCAGAGCACUCAGAGUUAAUUCAUACCAAGAAAGAACUUGAAUUGAUUCAGCAAGAGUAUAAGAAAUUAGAGGGGAAACUAAAUAAAACAAUUAACUCUCUCAAGGAAGAGGUUGAAAACUGUAAGGAAUUGGAUAGGAAAGCAAAUGAAAAAAUUAACUCUCUGGAGGAAGAGGUUGAAAACUAUAAGGAAUUGAACAGUGAAGCAAAGAAAGAAAUUAACUCUCUCAAGGAAGAGGUUGAAAACUGUAAGGAAUCAGACAGAAAAGCAAAGAAAUACAUUAACUCUCUCAAGGAAGAGGUUGAAAAAUAUAAGGAAUUGGAUAGUAAAGCAAAUGAAAAAAUUAACUCUCUGGAAGAAGAGGUUGAAAAUUAUAAAGACUUGGAUUGGAAAGCAAAUGAAAAAAUUAACUAUCUAAAGGAAGAGGUUGAAAGCUAUAAGGAAUUGGACAGGAAAGCAAAUGAAACAAUUAUCUCUCUCAAGGAAGAGGUUGAAAGCUGUAAGGAAUUGGAAAGGAAAGCAAAUAAAAAUAUUAACUAUAAGCUAAAUGAAGGGAAAGUAAAUGAAAAAAUUGAGUCACUGAAACCAAUCUCCCCCUCUGUUGAAAACUCACUGAAGAGGAUAAGCCUGCCUGAUGAAGUCUUCAGUGGUUUAGAAGGAGACACUGAAAAGCAAGAGGACAAGUCUUCACAAUUACCAUGUGAAUCCUCACAAAAUUUGGAGAUAAAGGCCUCACAUGACACAGCCGUAGCAAGGAAUGAUGAAAUGGAUGAAAAGGACAAAAAGUCUGAUAAGAAAGCGGCAAUCAAUUUAAUAUAUGUGCCGCUAAUUUUGUCCAUUUUGAUUCUAUCAGGGUAUUCGUUGUACGUCAUAAUAACAACAUUGGCAACCACCCUCACCACCCCUCCCACCAUCCCCAACCGCCCCACCACCCGCAAAAACCUAUCCUCAACAGAGAACCAGCAGCUGAGGCUCGAUUGUGUUUUAAGCCCCCAACGGUGUCUUCCAGGCAGCAUUACCACCGAUUUAAUGGCACCUAAUCCUAACCCAAGCCCAAUCCUAGCACCUUCCAGGCAGCUAGUCCUUAAAGACAACUUUGGGAGCUUAAAACACCAAGAACCCCCCACCUGCACCACCCCCAUAAUGAAAAACCUAUCCUCGACAGAGGACCAGCAACUGAGGGAGAGGCAGGGAUGCAACAACCCUUACACCCCCACAACCCCCAGCUGCAACACCCCCACCUGCCCCAUCCCCAACUACCCCACCACCCACAUAAGCCUUGAAGACAACGUUGGGAGCUUAAAACACCAAGAAUCCCCCACCUGCACCACCCCCAUAAUGAAAAACCUAUCCUCGACAAAGGACCAGCAGCCGAGGAAGAGGAAGAGGUGCAACAACCCUAACCCCCCCAUCACCCCCAAACGCCCCUCCCGCCCCACCCCCACAAGCCUCAUCCCCAACUACCCCACCACCCACAUAGGCCUUGAAGACAACAUUGGGGGCUUAAAACACCAAGAACCCCCCCACACCUGCACCACCCCCAUGAUGAAAAAAAUAUCCUCAACAAAGGAACAGCAGCUGAGGAAGAGGAAGAGAAGCAACAACCCUAACCUCCCCACCACCCCCAAACACCCCAAACGCAACAACCCUAACACCCCCACCCCCACCUACAGUCAAGCAAACACAGAGAAGCAGGAUACAACCACCACCGCCAUCAGCACCCCCACCCACAGUCAGACAAAUAGCAACACAGAGAAGCAGGAUACAACCACCACCCCCAUCAGCACCCCCACCCACAGUCAGGGCCAGAAGAAGACAGGGAAGAAGAAAAACAAGCCACACGUUUAGGUGUAAAGUUUGUUGGUAACAUUCGCUAUAAUGUUGUAUGCUAAAGCCGCAUUUAGGUUUGAUUCCCUCCGCAAUUACUUUGUUGUAUGGAAUAAAAUAACACUGUAUUUUUUAAUAACAGACUUAAUUUUGUUGUAUAUGUGCUUUGGGAAUACUUCAGCCACCACUGUUGGCCUGUGUAGGCUACUGCAGUGGUGAAGGUAGCCAAACUUAGAGGUGCUCUAAGCGAUGUUACACAGUUUCUAAGCUAAAACAUUUUUUGUCACAUACAACAAACUCAUCAUCUGCUUGCUGCC